UUUAGACGGUUAACCUUACCCUAGAGUUCGAAAAUCAUGUCAUUAGUGUAGUUACUGACAUUUCAUUUCAUUUGAUGGAUAUUCAGAUAACAAAAUGAUUUAUGGUGAAGAUAUUGAUAAACAAUAAAGCUAUCCCGUUUUAAACGAAGCUGGUGUAACCAGAGACCCGAAUUUUUGUAUCAAUAAAUAUAACAGGCCAAAUGCACAAUGAAGCCCAGGAAUCACAGGAUGCUUCCAAAAAUUCGUUGCACAGUGGCCCAGAAGAUGGCGCUGAUAGACUACAUGUGGGACCACCGUCAACUUGCCAGAUACGAGUACGAUCCGCACACUGCGGAGACAGAGUGGUUUCGCUUGGCUGAGACUCUUAACCGGAAUGGGUCAGUCAAAACUGUGGAGAAAUGGAAAGUUACGUGGCGGGACCUCAAAAGGAAGGCUUUAAGGGAAGUACAAGUCGCUAUACAAAAUAAUACAAGUGCAAGUGAGGCGGCUCUGAAAAUUCGAGAAAUCUUGAUGUCUUCAGCUGACGCGCACCCUAGGGAGCACGGGAAUUUUGAAAUGUCUCCAUCAUUGACAUUGCCACAUGCUUCAAUUCACCUCACCCCUGAAGAUUCUUACCAAGGCCAGGAAUUGCCAGGUGACCAGGACCAGAGCCAGUAUUUGGAGCCUGAAGACCGUUCCGCUAUAAACGGAUUGGAGGCUAUUGAGUGUACUCCGGAUUUCAGUUCGGACAGUUCACUUAGCAUCUCGCCUAUGCCCAAACCGUUGACUAAAUUACGCAGCAACCAUGAUCAAAUCAACGCUUUGGUGGAUUGCAUGGCCAUGAACAGUGGCAUGGCGUUCGGUAACCAGCAGACGCCCAAAAAGAUCGCGGACUGGAAGAGGCUACGGCAGCUUUUGAAUAAAAUGGGGCCUGAGAAACGGACGGCGGCUUGGCAACAGUCUUGGCGCGACCUAAAACGCAACGCUGUAGAAAGAAAUAACACGAAUUCAAAAAAUAAUUCGGCGGUAACACAAAAAAUCGUACAAAUCAUUGAAGCGCACGCACAAGGCACAAAUUCGACAAGUGGUGUUUCGGCAGAAGAUGAUUUACAUUUACGUUUACCAGCGCAAGUCAAAUAUCUGCUUCAGGCCGAAACAGACCGCCCCGAAGCUCCUUCAAAUCAAGUGUCCCCUGUACAACGCAACGUGUCCGCUGUAAACGUGGUGCCUUUGCGACAAUAUCGGCAGCGUUUGAAACCAAAAACGCGUUCAACCAACACACAAAUAUGCGCGUUAGUGGAUUACAUGGAGAAACAUCCCGCUCUGGCAGUAGCGAGAUCUACAGCUGGGGACACCCAAUGCCCUUACAUCGCGGAGUGGCGAAGGUUAAGCAAUUACCUUAACAGAAUUGGCUCUACAAGAAAAAGCGCUAUGGCUUGGAAACGAACAUGGCGCGAUCUCAAGAAAGCUGCUAAAAAAGAACCGAGUAACGAACGGAAUUUUAAUUUAAAUCAGAGAAUUAUUCAGAUCUUAAAAAAGACAGCAGAUGCACAACAGGACGAUGAGUUUGAUAUGGAAACUGCAGACUUAGACGCCCAACCAUUCGCAGUCUACUUUGACCAAAUGUCUCCUGGACAACACUCUGGUUGUUCUUCGCCGGUGCAAAGUGAAAAUGCACAAUCAGAUCAAGAUAGACCAUCGAAAAUAACGCGUAAAAAAGCACGCUGUACCAACGCCCAAAAACACGCAUUAGUAGACUACAUGUGCACCCAUCCCGCUCUAGCCACGUCCAACUACAUAGAGGCGAUCGACGGCGACCCGCACUAUGCUGAAUGGCGGCAGCUCAGCAAGUACCUGAACAAAAUAGGAACUGCUAAAAGUACUAUUUCUUGGAAAAAGACGUGGCGAGAUUUGAAACUAAGCGUUCUGAAGAAAAAAUGGUCUGACGAAACGCUUUUAGGAUUAGACCGGAAAAUCCUAGAAAUUUGUGAGAAGAAUCCCAAGGAGUUAAACACUGAAACUGAGCAAGAAUUCGACAUACUACCGGAUCGAAUCGACAGUAUGCCUGUCCUUUACUUACAAUCUCCAAAACACACAAAGCCCGAAUUAAUACUAUGUGACCCCUCUCAUGACGACCCUGCCAACCAAGAAUCUGAAAAUAGUCCUAAACAAAGUCAAAAGUCUCCUGGGCAUCUAGAAAUAUCUCUUGUGGAACGUAGCCGUGAAAUGUCCCCUGACCAACGCAGUGUGUCUCCUGUGCAAUUAAGUGAAGGUUUUGAAAAGGGAAACAAGCAAGAUAGUGCGUUUAAGAAAAAUAGAAGCGUUCGUUGCACACCGACUCAAAUAUACGCCCUAGUCCGUUACAUGGAGCUCCACCCUUCCCUCGCGCGAGCGAAGUGCCUGAACUUGAACACCGAGCAAGACCCGCACUACGAAGAGUGGCGACGGCUGUGCCGAUACUUGAACAACGCUGAUACAACUGUGGCUGCUAAGAGCGUUACUAGAUGGAAGUGUACAUGGCGAACGUUAGUAACAAACGCGCGCAGGAAGGACCGCAAGAGAAGCCGAUGGAACGACAGGGUUUCCCGGAGAAUACUACAAAUAUUAAACGAAAACGAACCUGAAGCCAACGAGAAAAAUGUGGAAGAGCAUGUCAAACAACCAAACGAAGAUUACGUAUAUCCACCAUCACCAACGCAAUGCGUAAUGCCUGACCCUCUGAAAUGUGAACCCAUCAAGGACAUUGAACGCAGCCGAGAAAAUGCUGAACUUCCUAAACUACAUCAUUCUAAAAGACGCAGCUCCAACCUUCAAAUACGUGCCCUGGCUGACUUCAUGAUAUCCCAUCCUGAAGUUGCCACUAGGCAUCCGAGCGAGAACAUACCCGCCUGGGUCAAAAUCACCCGUCAUCUCAACGGUAUAGGCCUCGCUAGAAGUAUGAAGGCGUGGUGUCAAACAUGGAGAGACCUCAAGAUCCGUGUCCUCUCAAGGGCCCAUGCAAAGGACCCCAGCAGCAGUUUGCAAGGUUUUAGAGAGAGGAAACUGCGGAAAAUCCUCGGGGUGACGCCCAGGAAACAAGAAACAGACAUACAAACUGAAACAGACGGCGAAACUAUAGAAGAAUCCAGCACGAAGCCUGAAUCCGAAGUUGCAGUAGCCCCGCGUGCCCCAUCGCCCCGCACCGUUCUAUAUAACCUCGCUGAGAUCCUCGCUCGAAAUGGCCCCAUGAACGAGAACAAUCCGGAGACAAAUAAUAAGAAAACUACACCCGAAACUAGUGUUUCUAAUGAGACGAAUGAUAUUUUGCGGGAAUUGGUGCUAGAAUUGAAACGUAGCAACGAGUUGAAAGCUGAACAAAAUUGUUAUCUGAAGGACAUUUUACAACAUCUGAAGACACCAAAAUGCUCGCACGCAAGCCAGAACACAAAUAUUCCGACGCCAAUAGAUGAGUGUCGAACAGAUAAUAUUGACGUAUUGGAUGUAAAGAAACAAGAAGCGGAUAAUCUAGAUGAAGAUAUUCCUAAUAACGAUGAAGAUACGUGUAAUGGAGUAGCUAAUAAGGAUGGGAGCAUGUUAUUGAUGCCAAGCAACAUGCAAACGCAAGCGAAGUCUAACCAGGAUAAAAAUGGUGAUCCGCUGUAUGUGGUGUGUGCACGUAAACGAAGGUGAAACGAGAGGACUAAGAUUUUUAAAUAUACUCAUAAUAUACUGUACGUAUAUUCUUACUCUAUUUAAGGUUAUUAGUUGUAACUUAAGAUAAUUGAAGUAUUGAUUAAAAUAUAUACAAUA